CUGGAGCUGCUGGAUGUAUAAAUAGAGAACACAAUCAGCCUGCAGACACAGCCAGCAACUUCUGCAGCAACAGUGUGCUCCACUCCGCUCCUCAACCCAGGACUGCAGAACACAACUCACGGCAAACUGACCAGACCAGCCUCAGAACACUCUCUCUCAGCAACCCCCCCGACAAGGAAGAGAAUGGACACCAGAUUCCAGGCAGUGACUUUGCUGGCUCUUGCCGUUGCUUGCAUCUACUUCCCCACAGCAAACACCAACAUAGUGCCCAGAUGCCCCUGCAGAGAGGAGACUCAGCUGAGAAGGGUUACUCUCCAAAACAUCGUUGACUUUGAGAUUAUUCCAAGCGAUGCAAUGUGCAACACUCAAAUCAUACUUACUGUCAAAUCAGGCGGUGAAGAGGUAAAGUCGUGCCUGAGUCCUAAAUUCCCUCAAGGCAAAAACAUCGCCAAAUGCUGGAAAAGAAUCCAACACAAUAACAACAACAACAAGAGGCAAUGUCUACAACGAAAAAGACAAUGAAACUGAGAGCUAAAGAAAUGCUUCAACAAUAAUGUGUCUGAAGAAGGGUCUCGACCCUGUUCCUUUUCUCAAGAUGCUGCCUGACCUGCUGAGUUACUCCAGUUCUUUAUUUCUCCAUUCAACAAUAAUGCUAUUUAAGCCAAUCAAAAGACAUGAAUCCUACUUUGCCUUCUGGUUUGUAAUGUGGUCACGUGCUUACAAGAUUACUAAUAUAUCAGAGUUAGUUGGGAACAUUGUACAGACAACCUUUCUUCCAGACCUCUGUCUUAUUUAACUCUAGUGCCAAUUAUUGAUGUUCACUUUAACGUGUGACAAAAAGAUGAAUGUAAAGGUUCUAACUAUUUAUUUUCGAUUUGAUAAUUAACUCGAUGCUGAUCAAUAUACCAGCAAGUAACGGCAAUGGUGGUUCAGAUGGACAUGAGCCAUAUACGUCUUAAAGUUAUCUGCAGAAUGUUUACACUGGUGUCUAUUGUGUCCAAGACACAGUUGGUAAAGAUCAUUUGUGACAAGAGGUCAUUCCUGCAAACUUGUCUUGAAAGAUUUCACAAAUAAUCCAAAUACAACUAUUUCUGUCGUGGUUUACAUUGCUGAAAGUAUUCAUCGUAGAUCGAUUGAAAGCGGUUAGUGUUUAUAGGAUUUCUACUACAGUGCAGUCUGAACGAUGCACUUCAAGUAAUAUGACAAUUCUUUAAUUUAUUAUUGUUUUAAAUUAAGCAAAGGUAUUUUGUAUAAUGUUUCUGGAUUUUUUGUAGAAUGGAAUUGAAACAUACUGCGACACUGGUUCAUGUAUUUAAAAUAUACUGUAAUAAAAUUUAAAAAACGCAA